GGCAAUUUUCGCAAACUCAUUGGGGAAUUAGAAUCUGCGGUUCGUGUGCAAAAUCGAGAAGUUACUAUAGUAACAGUUGGAUGACCGCUGAGGCCCUAAAAUCUAGAACGGGUUUUGGCCAAAUCUAUGUUCGUUCUCAAUUGACAACCCAAGUGAAUCAGCAGCCAAUCAGAGAGCUCGUAUAGCUGGCCCGGGAACUUUAUUCGUCUAAAAUUUCUAUCGCAGACAAUAACAACACUGAGCUGAGACUAACAUUUUGAGAUUAAAACAUGAAUUUCAAAGCAAGUGGAUCUUCGGUGAGUUUCUUUUAUCGAUUAUUGUUUCUUAACUAUACUAUGGAUAUAACAUGAAUCGUUUUAAAAUUGGAUAAUGAAUUGUUGAAAGAUGAUAAAAGCCGUUUUGUGGCUUGGUCGAGACAAGUUGUGCUACUACUUCGUGCGGUAGUCCCGUCUGUACUGUAUUGCGCAGGGCAUUGCAUUGCAUUGCUAAGUUGUUGUGCAUUAAUUGCCAGUUUAUCGUCUCUGUCUGAGAGGUUGGCGAGGUGGUGCCUACCGUGCCAGUGAAAGCAGCAAAGGCAAAGCCCUCAAAAUCUGUGAAUCGCAUGUCCUGGGACAACAAUAGUGUUAACGCACUAAUAGGGGAGGUGACCCUAGCCAACCCCUUCCAAUUUCGUUAUAAAACGAGCGAUCGGGCCAGAGCAUGGCAACAGGUGGCAGAGGGGAUGGUCAAAAAGGGAUACAAGGUCGACUGCAGGGCGGUGAGGGAUAGGAUCCACGUGUUAAAGGACAAGGUUAAGGCCAAGAACAAUGUAGAGAGGGCAGCAAGUGGCAUUGCAGUAGAGGAGACAGAGGAGGAGCUGGGCAUUCGAGAGGCCGUUGAAAGGAUGAUGCAAGAGGAAGAGGAUAUAGAGUUGGCUCCAAAGGAGAGAGGGGACGAACAGAAGAAGAAGGCGGAAGGAGAAGAGCUGAGGAAGAGGGCCUGCGAGACAAUGGGAGAAACGAGGAAGAGACACCAAGACGAAGCCGGCACCAGUACCACUCCAAAAAGGCAGCGCAACAAAGGGCGAGAUACUCUUGCUUUUCUAGACAGAAAGAUGGAGUUGGAGCAGGAGAUGAAGAGGGAGGAUUUGGAGAAGAGAAGAGAGGAACAGGAGAGACAGCGAGCUGAAGAGAUGGAGAGGAGACGAGAGGAAGAAGAAAGACGGGGAGCUGAAGAAGCAAUCAGACAGCGUCGGUUUGAACUGAUGCAGCAACAGAUGCUGCAGCAACAGCAACAAGCUCUUCAGCAACAACAACAACAGCAACAGCAUAAUCAACAAAUGGAAACGAUGAUGAUGGCCCUCAUUAAAUCUUUAGAAAAGAAUUUCAAUGUACUUGGUGCUAUCACAUCCUUUCAAUGGCCUCUCGAAUGCCCAGCUCCUCCUCUGUCUCCUCUACUGCAAUGCCACUUGCUGCCUUCUCUGCAUUGUUCUUGGCCUUAACCUGAUCCUUUAAAAUGUGGAUCCUGUCCCUCACCGCCCUGCAGUCGACCUUGUAUCCCUUCCUUAUCAUCCCCUCUGCCACCUGUUGCCAUGCUCUGGCCCGAUCGCUCGUCUUAUAUCUGAAUUGGAAGGGGUUGGCUAGGACCAUCUCCCCUAUUAAUGUGUUGAUGCUAUUGUUGUCCCAGGACAUGCUGCAGUAGAAGAAAUGAAA